AUGACGCAAGUGGACUUUGUGCGAUGGCUGUGUGCCGUGUCCAUGGACGAACUGGCCUCGGCUCAUCAGCCUCGCAUGUUCAGUCUGCAGAAGAUUGUGGAGAUCUCGUACUACAACAUGAACCGCAUCCGGCUGCAGUGGUCACGCAUUUGGCAGGUCAUUGGAGAUCAUUUCAACAAGGUUGGUUGUAACCCAAAUGAGGAUGUAGCCAUCUUUGCCGUGGACUCCCUGAGACAACUUUCCAUGAAGUUUUUAGAGAAAGGUGAACUGGCCAAUUUCCGCUUCCAAAAGGACUUUCUAAGGCCAUUCGAGCACAUCGUGAAGAAGAACAGGUCACCCACUAUCCGGGACAUGGUGAUACGUUGUGUGGCUCAGAUGGUCAACUCUCAGGCUGCUAAUAUCCGCUCUGGCUGGAAAAACAUCUUCUCUGUGUUUCAUCAAGCAGCAUCAGAUCAUGAUGAGAACAUUGUGGAUCUUGCGUUUCAGACCACAGGGCACAUAGUUAUGAACACAUUUAAGCAGCAUUUUGCAGCUGCCAUUGACUCCUUCCAGGAUGCAGUGAAGUGUUUGUCGGAGUUUGUGUGUAACGCUGCGUUUCCUGACACCAGUAUGGAAGCCAUUCGGCUAAUUCGCCACUGUGCUAAAUAUGUGUCUGAAAGGCCGCAGGCCCUGAGGGAGUAUACUAGUGACGACAUGAACGUGGCCCCUGGUGACAGGGUUUGGGUGCGAGGCUGGUUCCCCAUCCUGUUUGAGCUUUCCUGCAUCAUCAACCGCUGCAAACUAGAUGUUCGGACCAGGGGACUGACUGUCAUGUUUGAGAUCAUGAAGAGUUACGGACACACCUUUGAGAAGCACUGGUGGCAUGAUCUCUUUCGCAUCAUCUUCCGAAUAUUCGACAACAUGAAGCUCCCCGAGCAGCAGACUGAAAAAACGGAGUGGAUGACGACGACAUGUAACCACGCUCUCUACGCCAUCUGCGACGUGUUCACGCAGUUCUACGAGCCUCUGAGUGAAGUGCUGCUGGCGGACAUUUUUGCGCAGCUGCAGUGGUGCGUCAAACAAGAUAAUGAGCAGCUGGCACGCUCGGGCACGAACUGUCUGGAGAACCUGGUGAUCCUGAACGGGGAGAAGUUCAGUCCGGAGGUGUGGGACGUCACCUGCUCCUGCAUGCUGGACAUCUUCCAGACCACCAGCCCUCAUGCGUAUGACCACCAUCUGAUGUGUGAGGUGGAUUCCCAGUCACAGAGCAGCUUUGAGAGAACUCUGUCAGAGAGAGGCCACAGUCAAAUGUCCACCGCCAGCGAUGAAACAUGGAAAGGAAAGUCCCACACCAGGGUUUCGGACCACAGGCUGUUUGCAGGGCUGCUUAUAAAGUGCGUCGUACAGCUGGAGUUGAUUCAGACAAUAGACAACAUUGUAUUCUACCCUGCUACCAGCAAGAGAGAAGAUGCUGAGAACAUGGCCGCCGCUCAGCGAGAUGCACUUGAGCAGGCAGAAGAGGGAGAGGCGGAGGUGGAUCAGGGCAUGUACAGACACCUGUCGUCCCAGCACCUCUUCAAACUGCUCGACUGCCUCCUCGAGUCCCACAGGUUCGCCAAGGACUUCAACUCCAACAAUGAGCAGCGCACGGCCCUCUGGAGAGCAGGCUUUAAGGGGAAGUCAAAACCGAAUCUUCUGAAGCAGGAGACCAGCAGUCUGGCCUGCAGUCUGAGGAUCCUCUUUCGCAUGUACUCCGACACGCAGCUGCGAGACUCCUGGCCAGACAUCCAGACACGUCUGCUGCAUGUGUGCAGUGAAGCCCUGGCGUACUUUAUCAGUCUGACCUCAGAGAGUCAUCGCGAAGCGUGGACAAGUCUCCUGCUGCUGCUGCUCACCCGCACACUCCGACUACCUGAUGAUAAAUUCAAGCCUCAUGCCUCCUGCUACUACCACCAUCUGUGUGAGAUGAUGCAGUUCGACCUCAUUCCGGAGCUCCGCGCUGUUUUGCGGCGAUUUUUCCUCCGCAUCGGUUCCGUCUUCCACAUCGCUGCUCCCGAACUGGGCCAAGCACAGCCUUCAUCAUCAUCAUCAUCAUCAUCAUAAAGCGGAAGAGAACGGAAAUGAACUGGGAAGAAAGCAAGACUGCAGCAUGGAUGGACACAGAACGACUGUCCUGAACGCUUUCUCCGAACGCCAGCUGUGAUGAGAGAACAGCACUGUGACGCUUCUGCUCCGUCAUCCACACACGAGUCACGUGCGCUUCUUUUUAGGUUUGACUUCCUUCAGGAUUGCUGCCACCGUAAUUUAUUACCAGUACUGCUGUGUAUCUGAUUUCUGAUCGUCUGCUGAUUUCAUCUUUGUGUUCUGAUCUGUUCAUUGUUUGACUGUUUUUCUCAAAGAAACAAACAUGCAGAGACGAGAUCAACCUCUGAGACACCCAGUGAGCAAUGGCCGUUUACAGUUUACUGAUUGAAUGAUCAUCUCAGAUUAAUUUAAAGCCGUUAAAAUGAUUUUAGUUUGUGGGGAAAGACUUUGAUUUGGAGUCACAGUAAAACACACGUUAUCAUAAGAAUGCAACAGUUCCUUUCAAAGCAUCUGGUGUUGAUCCACACAUAUACACACACACACUACCAUUCCACACAUCAUGCCUUUCAUCAGAUUUAGGACUGUGAUUUCAAGGGUUUGUUCAUUGUUUUCAUAUUUAUCAAAAUCUUAAGACAUCUAAUGAAUAUUAUUUAAUUUUACUGCACUAAAGUUUGCUUUAAUAAUAGAUUUUUUUUUAAUUGUUCAUUUUUUGCAAGUGCUGCUUGCUCUUGAUUCAGAGUCUGACUGAAUUGACAAGUCUACGCAAUGGGGAG